AUGUACUUGUCUAUACAGAAUUGUGUUGGUGCAUUAGAUGGAACACAUAUUCGAGUUAAAGUGCCAAGAGAACUUGCCCCUAGAUUUCGAGGGAGAAAAGAAUGGCCUACGCAAAAUGUGUUAGCAGCAUGUUCUUUUGAUAUGAAAUUCACUUAUGUGUUACCUGGUUGGGAAGGAACUGCAUCUGACUCAAGAAUCCUAAAAAAUGCAUUGGAUAGAGAGGAUAAACUUUUAAUUCCACAAGGAAAAUUUUAUCUCGUGGAUGCUGGAUUACCAUUGAGGAGUGGAUUAAUUGCACCAUAUCGAGGUGUUCGUUACCAUUUGAAUGAAUACUCCAGACGCGGACCUCAAAAUGCUAAAGAAUUAUUUAACCAUCGUCAUGCAUCACUCCGUAAUGUCAUUGAAAGAGCUUUCGGUGUUUUAAAGAAAAGGUUUCCAAUUAUAGCUAGUGGCACUGAACCCCAUUACUCAUUUGAAACAAUGAUUGAAAUUGUCUUGGCAUGUUGUAUAAUACACAACUUCUUAAUGGGUGUUGAUCCAGAUGAAAAUUUAAUUGCUGAAGUUGAUCGUGAGCUUAUGCAUGCCGAGGCUGAUCACCAUGUGGGCACAAGUGGUUUAGCAACGGAUGCAGAUUAUAGAAUAGGAGUUAUGUUAAGGGAACAAAUAGCAUCGCAAAUGUGGAAUGACUAUUAUAAUAACUUGUAA